GUGUGUGUGGAGAGGUUCCUGCAGCACAUUACUGCUUCUUUUGAUGAAGAGAUAAUCUGCAGAGUUUCCCUGGCUUUUCAUAGUUGCGAUCUCUUGCAGCAUAUUAAUGGAGGACGACUCGUCUAUGAUGUCGGUUACUUACUGCGUGACGGGAGCGAGUGGGUUUAUUGGAUCCUGGCUCGUGAAGUCUUUGCUCCAUGGAGGCCACAAGGUUCAUGCCACAGUUCGUGAUCCAGCUAAAUCUUUGCACCUGCAAUCACUCGGGAAGUCCCAUGGAGACCGGUUGAGGAUAUUCCAAGCAGACCUGCUCGAGGAAGGGAGCUUCGAUGAGGCGGUGGAGGGCUGCGACGGGGUCUUUCAUGUGGCAGCCUUGAUGCACUUCAAUGUUCCCGAGGAUGGGGAGGACUCUGUCGAAUCAAACAUCCUAGAACCUGCAGUCCGAGGAACCCUGAACCUCCUUCGGGGUUGCUUGAGGUCCAAGAAAUCAGUGAGGAGGGUGGUGUUCACUUCCUCCAUUAGCACCGUUACAGCCAAAGAUAGUGAAGGGAAAUGGAGAGCUUUGGUCGAUGAGAAUUGCCAGACUCCCAUUCAACAUGUCUGGGAGAACAAAGCCAGUGGAUGGGUUUAUGUCCUGUCUAAGAUUCUAUCUGAGGAAGCAGCCUUCAAAUUUGCACGAGCAAAUGGGAUCAACAUGGUAUCUGUUAUUGCACCAACAGUUGCGGGUCCAUUCCUCACUUCAACUGUUCCUUCGAGCAUCCAAGUCCUCUUGUCACCAAUAACAGGUGACAUUGAAUAUUUCAAGAUAUUGUCUGCUGUGAAAUCGAGGAUGGGGUCUAUAGCAUUGGCACACACUGAAGACAUCUGCAGGUCCCACAUAUUCCUGAUGGAGCAACCUAACGCCCAUGGAAGAUAUCUAUGCUGUGCACAGAGUUGCACUUUGUCUGAGUUGGUCGAGAUUCUAGCUAAAGUGUAUCCCUUGACAAGAUUGGGAGUGGAGAAGGAAGAGAACGGUUCGGUGCCAUGUGAGAUCUCUUCAAAUAAAUUGAAGGACCUGGGCUUCAAGUACAAGUUUGGAGCCGAUGACAUUGUAAAUGAAACCGUAUCUUCCUGUCUUGACUGUGGAUUUCUUCCUCCUCUGCAGAGAAAUGAUGAUUGGAAACUCUGCCUUCGAGAAUAAUAGAACAUCUUGUAGUUGAAGCCCGAUCUCGCCCUUAGACUCAUUAGUUGUCCCGAUCCAAGUUCGGUAUCAUGGUCUUGCCGCAUUCCGUUGCAUCCCCGGGAGAAAGGCCGACGGGGCAAGGGCUGUGUUACGUUAAAGUUGUUGGUGGGAGAUUGUCGCAGUUGGAAAUUUAAUGUUACAGAUUAUCAGACUGGGCAAUA